GGUAUAUAAAGUCUUUGGGCUUGCUCGUGUGGGUACACAUCACUAGACCUCGAGACUUCGAUUCGCCGAGAGACGCAACUAAAAAGACGCUCCUGCAACAGAUCGAUUCAACGCUUUUCUCCACAAGUUCAAGAAGAACAAGUGGAUUUUCGUGACUUCUACCUGUAGGAUUAUUACUUUCGCGCAAAAAAAUUUUUGUGAGAAAGACAAGCCAAGAGGAGUGGUCCAGUUAGAAAUACGUCUAAAGAUGGAUUUACGCGUGGUGACCUCCCUGCUGUCCGUCAUGUUGGCCGCGGUGUUGAACACAGUUGUGUCUGCUCCCGCGAGCGAGGUCCCCGCGGCCAGCCUCGUGAGCCACGUCAGGAACAAGCGAUGCUCGUGCGCGACCUUCCUCGACCACGAGUGCGUCUACUUCUGUCACCUGGACAUCAUCUGGGUCAACACGCCAGAGCGCAUCGUCUCGUACGGGCUAGGAAACAUGCCGAGAAGGAGGCGCUCUGCCGGGGUGCCCCCCGCUAAGAGCCACGGGGGGGCCCGCUGCAGGUGCCUCAAGGGAAACGACAGCGCCUGUAACAACUUCUGUCAGCCGGAACACCAACUCAGGCAAAACAAGACGUCGCUCGGCAAGAAGAUCCGUCGCGCGGAGGGCGAGCGCUGCUCCGGGGCUGGCUGCGCGCGCACACCGAGGAUGAAAAGGAGAACAAACGGGGAAAACAUGACGAAAACGCCGUCGCUGGUAGCACUGCGCGCCGUGGCGCAGACCCGCGGCGUCCUGGAGGCGUGGAGGACGAGGAGGUGGAGGAGGGCGGCGGAGGAGGGGCACGUCGCAUCCUAGACAGCCUCGGCAGCACCUCCUCAAACCACUAACCCAGCCUCCUCACUGUUACGGAGAGAGGACGCCAUCAGCGACAGAAGCUAGAGAAUGAAGCGGCAUUACGGCCUAGCGGGCGGCAGUGGGGGGUCGUAACUUGACCCUAAAAUGGCCGCCGUGGCCGGCAGAGCGCUGGCCAAUGGACUCGCUCGGUUCCACACUUCCUCUGGAAGGGGAAGGCAGGCAGGAGUUCUGCUAACGGGUGGAAAGACUGAACUGAAGGGGGCUUGGACCCUCGGGGACUUGAAGGUCUUGGACAGCAUGGGGUCUCAGAGUGAGCAGGGUGACUGAGUGAAAACGCAAAGACCGCUCAAAGACCACUGUUACUCUUCACAACGUCAUCUGUCGACCUCCGAAGAGAACACUCCAGCGGAACGUCAGAAGCGUUCUUCUGUUGGGAGGGUUCUUCACGAAGAUGAUUGUACUAAUAUACAGUGUGGACGUCUAAAUAUUACACAGCGAGAGGCCUCUCUACGGGCGUGUGUGAAGAGCUGUUAAAGCGAUCCAUGUGGUCGCUGAAAGAAAGAUGUUUUGUCAAUGACUGAAUUCACCCAAAAAGGGGCACAUUUUUUACUCAUAAGUUAUUAUUACUCUACGUAUAUUAUGACUGUUAUGCUGUUUAUUUAUUCACAUGUUACAGAAUGUACUCUUCUAAGGACCAUAUUGGUUGUCCGUGUCGAUGUUUCGCUCUUUUAUCAUUUCUAUGAAAUGUGUUGCCAUCAAGUUGCCCUGAUUCAGGCCGAACUUUAAACUUUAAACUUUAAACAUAAAAAAUGUUUCACACCAAAGAAAACUAAAGUUGUUCUGUGUUUUUGCAUUUUCUCCUCUUUUUCACAUCAACAUAUAAUCUGUAGGCCGACAUUGUUUCAAAUUUGCAACAAUGUCUAUAUAUUAUAUUUUAUAAAUUGGAUUCAAUUUAUAAAAUAUAGUUGCUACCACUGUAGGUUGAAGAAUUUCAACCUUUAGUGAUGGCCUCAGGUUAAGAAGCCACGCUAUCAGAAUACAUGAAUGUUAACCAGGAGUAGGGUGUAAACUGGACUGCCUUGGUCAACACACGAUCUCAAGGGAAGUGCUAUCAAACACCAGGUUUUGAUGUUUUGUGUGUUAAGUAAAGGAAAGAGAGAUAGAUAGAGACAUGGAUAGAAAGAAAGAGAGAGAGGGGUAGAGAGACAUGGAGAGACAGAGCGACAUGGAGAGACAGAGAGAGAGAGAGAUGGAGAGAGAAACAGCAGUGUGUGUGUGUGUGUGUGUGUGUGUGUGUGUGUGUGUGUGUGUGUGUGUGUGUGUGUGUGUGUGUGUGUGUGUGUGUGUGUGUGUGUGUGUGUGUGUGUGUGUGUGUGUGUGUGUGUGUGUGUGUGUGUAAGAAAUAGAGAGAGAUCCAUUUAAAGGAGAGCAAAUAAA